AUGAGCACGUCCACAUCACCCAUCUGGAAGUAUGUGGGAAUCACUGCCACCGGCGCCGCCGCGCUCACCAUUUUUUUGAAUUACGCGAGAAGACAGGAUAAUAAGAAUAUUAUCGAAGUGGAGAGACUUCAGAUGAUGGUUGACGUCUUGGGCGCGAAGAUAGAUGAUGUUGAAAGAUUGCUGAAAGCCAUGAAUGAGGAGAUCAGAAGUCAUAGAGGACCCAGAUUGAAGACGUCGAGUAGUAAUGGAGCGUUGAAGACUGUCUCGUUUAAAUUGGAAGCCAGCUCCACUCGCCCCGCCCCCAGCACCUCCACUAAUCGAAUGUCAAGAACUCGAAGUUGGACAUCAAUCACUUCAGACUCUGAAUAUGGAGAUGCCGAAGAAGAUUGGUACACGGACGAUCGCUCGUACGGUGACACGAAACCGGUCGACAGUCAGACUCAAUCAUCAAUCAUGUCAUUCGAAGAGCUGGACAAACUUUUCGGCACCGAUCGUGUCCAAGAGGGAUACGACGAGUUGAAGAAGCGCUACGACGCCGGCGAGAAGUCUAUCGAUAUCCUCUGGCGUCUUGCGAAAUUCUGCAACGAAAUCGGAAAUCGUGUCGAGAAGAACAAGAGAAAGGAUAUCAUCCUCGAGGGAAAGAAGUACGCUGUCGAGGCGUGGAAUCUCGAUUCGAACAACUUUUUGGCGGCAAGAUGGGCUGCUUUGAUGUCUGGGAAGUCUGCAGAGUUCCUCGGAACCAAGGAGAAAAUUGAGGAGGGAAAGCAUUGCAAGGAAUACCUCGACCGUGCCAUCUCCAUCCAGCCAAAAGAGGACGCUCUCCUCCAUCUCCGUGGUCGUUGGGCGCUCUCUGUCGCCAAUCUCUCUUGGUUGGAACGCAAAGCCGCUUCGUUCCUCUACUCGGAGCCACCAACUGCCACAGUCGACGAGGCCAUCGCUGACUUCAAAGCGGCUUUCGACAUCAACUCUCUUUGGAUCGAGAAUACUGUGUACCUGGGAAAAGCUUACUAUGAGAAGGGAGACAAGGCCGCUGCCAAGCCGUACUUCGAGCAGGCACUCAGACACACCGCUGCCAACGAUAAUGAGAAGGAGUUGCUCGCCGAAGCCAAGACUUUGUUUGGAAAAUGUUAA